UUGUGUUCCCUAUAAGUCUGUUACAGAACACAUUCACUUCAUUUGGUUUAAAGCACUUUACUUGUAACUUAAACAAAACCGAUUUAUUUACAUCAUUUAAACAUAAUUUAAGUUCCAACAGUUUGACCAAAACUCAUUUGAAUUCAAUCUGUUGAAGCUGCGAGAGACGCUCAUGAACACAUCAUGCUCAACAGCUGAUCUGUGUGACCCACACACACACACACACACACACACACACACACACACACACACACACACACACACACGCAGAUGAACUCGCCUGAUUUCCUGUAAAUGGAGAGGGGAGGAGCAACACUGACCAUGUGACAUGAGAACAGGGAAGGAACCUGAAAGUGAAAGUGUUCAGCCAGUUCAGAGCUGUUUUUUACAGUCUGUGGUUCAGACUCCAUUUUGAGUCGACAGAGCAGAAGGACACUGAAGGCCGAGGCAGGACUGACUGAAGUCCAGAAGAUGAGUGUUUGUGUGGAGGAAGAGGAGGACAGAGCAGAGUCUCCAGGAUCCAGCUGUCUGUCUCUGAAGAGUGACUGGUCCAAAGAUAAACCUCCAGACUUAAGAAAUGAACCUGGACCCUCAGACACAAAAGAGAGGAAGAGGAGUCAUGUUUCUGUGGAGGAGCAGCCGUCCUGCUGUGCUUUGUGUCAGGACGUCCUGAAGGAUCCAGUCUCUACCAGCUGUGGACACUGGUUCUGCAGACGGUGCAUCACCUCAUACUGGGACCAGUCUGCUUCAUCAGGAGACUCCUCCUGUCCCCAGUGUGGAAAAAGAUCCAGAACAAGACCUGGACUGCAGACAGCCAGUCAGACAAGCACUGUACAAAUGAGUGGUGGUCUGCAGGAGGUUUUAGAUGAACAUAAGAUCAGUCUGAGGAGGAGAUGUGAACGUGUGACUGAAGGAAGUGAUGAAACAGGAAGUGGAACCCUCCUCAACAGGAUCUACACUGAGCUCUACAUCACAGAGGGACAGAGCGAAGAGGUUAAUACCCAACAUGAGGUGAGGCAGCUUGAGACAGCUUCCAAGAUGGAGACCCUCCAUGACACUCCAAUCAAGUGCCACGACAUCUUUAAAGCCUUACCCGGCCAACAGGGACACAUCAGAGUCGUUCUGACGAACGGCGUCGCUGGCGUUGGAAAAACCUUCUUGGUGCAGAAGUUCACUCUGGACUGGGCAGAGGGCUUGGAAAACCAAGACGUCAGUCUGCUGAUUCUGCUUUCGUUCAGGGAGCUGAACUUGAUCAGAGAUGAGCGGUGCAGUCUUCUCCAGCUGCUCCAUGUUUUCCAUCCAACAUUACAGAAGGUCACAGCAGAGAAGCUCGCUGUCUGGAAACUUCUGUUCAUCUUUGACGGCCUGGAUGAAAGCAGACUUUCACUGGAUUUCAAGAACAGGAAGGUCGUGUCUGAUGUCACACAGAAGUCAUCAGUCAACGUGCUGCUGACAAACCUCAUCGAGGGGAAUCUGCUUCCUCGGCUCGUCUGGAUCACUUCCCGACCUGCAGCAGCCAAUCAGAUCCCUCCUUCAUGUGUUGGCAGGGUGACAGAAGUACGAGGCUUCACUGACGCCCAGAAGGAGGAGUACUUCAGGAGGAGAGUCAGUGAUGAAGAGCUGUCCAGCAGAAUCAUCUCGCACAUCAAGACAUCCAGGAGCCUCCACAUCAUGUGUCUAAUCCCAGUCUUCUGCUGGAUCACUGCUACAGUUCUGGAGCACAUGUUGAGUACAGACCAGAGAGGAGAGCUGCCCAAGACCCUGACUGACCUGUACUCACACUUCCUGCUGGUUCAGACAAAGAGGAAGAAGCAGAAGUACGAUGAGGGUCAUGAGACGAGUCCACAGGAGCUGACGGAGGCUGACAGGAAGGUUCUUCUGAAGCUGGGGAGGCUGGCGUUUGAACAGCUGAAGAAAAGAAACAUCAUGUUCUACCAAGAAGACCUGGAGCAGUGUGGUCUGGAUGUCUCAGAGGCCUCGGUGUACUCCGGAGUUUGUACAGAGAUCUUCAAAAGAGAGAGUGUGAUCUUCCAGAAAACAGUCUACUGCUUUGUUCAUCUGAGCGUUCAGGAGUUUCUGGCUGCCGUCUACAUGUUCCACUGCCACACCAACAAGAACACAGAGGUACUGGAGGCUUUUCUGGGAGAAAAACAUGUUGAUUCAACCCUGGAUGUCUUCUUGAAGAGUGCAAUGGAGAAAUCCCUGAGGAGUAAAAAUGGCCACCUGGACCUGUUUGUCCGCUUCCUUCAUGGCCUCUCUCUGGAGUCCAACCAGAGACUCUUAGGAGGCCUGCUGGGUCGGACAGACAACAGUCCUGAAAUCAUCCAGAGAGCCGUCAACAACCUGAAGGAGAAGAGGACAAAAAUCUCUCCUGACAGAAGCAUCAACAUCUUCCACUGUCUGACGGAGAUGAACGACCACUCAGUACAUCAGGAGAUCCAAGAGUUCCUGAAGUCAGAGAACAGAUCAAAGAAGAAACUCUCUGUGAUCCACUGCUCAGCUCUGGCCUACAUGCUGCAGAUGUCAGAGGAGGUUCUGGAUGAGUUGGACCUGCAGAAGUACAAGACAUCAGUGGAGGGACGACGGAGACUGAUUCCAGCUGUGAGGAACUGCAGAAAGGCUGUAUUGAGGGGCUGCAGGUUGUCAGAGACCAGCUGUGCUUCUCUGGCCUCAGCUCUGAAGUCCAACCCCUCCCAUCUGAGAGAGCUGGAACUGACUCGAAACAAGCUGCAGGAUUCAGGAGUGAAGCUGCUGUGUGCUGGACUGGAGAGUCCACACUGCAGACUGGAGACUCUGAGAUUGAGUUGGUGCAGUUUGUCAGAGACCAGCUGUGCUUCUCUGGCCUCAGCUCUGAAGUCCAACCCCUCCCAUCUGAGAGAGCUGGAGCUGAGUGAAAACAAGCUACAGGAUUCAGGAGUGAAGCUGCUGUGUGCUGGACUGGAGAGUCCACACUGUAGACUGGAGACUCUGAGAUUGAGGCGCUGCAGGUUGUCAGAGACCAGCUGUGCUUCUCUGGCCUCAGCUCUGAAGUCCAACCCCUCCCAUCUGAGAGAGCUGGAGCUUAGUUUCAACAAGCUGCAGGAUUCAGGAGUGAAGCUGCUGUGUGCUGGACUGGAGAGUCCACACUGCAGACUGGAGACUCUGAGAUUGAGUCACUGCAGUUUGUCAGAGACCAGCUGUGCUUCUCUGGCCUCAGCUCUGAAGUCCAACCCCUCCCAUCUGAGAGAGCUGGACCUGAGUAACAAUGAGCUGCAGGAUUCAGGAGUGAAGCUGCUGUCUGAUCUUGUGGAGAGUCCACACUGCAGACUGAAGACUCUGGAGACUCUGAGCUGUAAGCCGUGAUCUCUGUCAGUGGAGAUGACUGUCCGUGCUGCAGUCUGAACUGCUCUGAGAUCAGCUCCACUGUCAGACACAAAGGCAAGUCCACCAUCGUCCCUGUGUGUUCCUCUGGAUGUGGCAGAGUAUCGUCAGUGUAUCUGGACUCUCUGCUGCUGCUCUGUCCUUCUACACCAUCUCUGCAGACACACUGAGACUCCUCCACUGCUUCUGCUCCACACUCCUCCACCUGGACCGGGACUUUAUUUAGUCUAUUUUUAUUCAGUCGGAUAUUCUGAGCCCAAAGUGCCUCUGCAGAUUAGCUCUGUUUAAGACAACAUAACUGCAGAUUAACACAUAUUUAAAUGGAUUUUUCUGUUUUGCUUUCUGUUGCAGCUCCACCUUGUGAAAUGAUGGAGAAUUGCAGUUAAUUUCCACAUUAUAUUUCUAAUUAAUUUUGGAAGUUGAUGUGAAAAAGCAGCAUCCAGCCUGCAUGCAUAAAGUUUUUAUUUUAUUUUUUUAUUUCACAAUCAAAAAGGCCCAUGUCAUAUUCAAGAGAAUCCCAUUCGCAACAACAGAACAAAGAAAAAGGAAAAUGACAUGACAAAAUAAAUAAUAAUGAAAUAAAAAAAAACACAAGUGGUCAAUCAAGGAUUAAGGACAUAGAUAUUCAUAAAGAUAUAGGUUUUUUUUAAUUUGACAACAUUUGAUAUAUUUUUUGUAUCAUAUUAUCUAAUUUAGAUAUGCAGCUAAUAUAGGAAUAGUUUAAAAAAAAAGAUAUGUGUAUGAAGUGUUUUGCCAAGAUAAAUAAAUUAUUAUUCCCAAACUCUGUUUUCUUGUCCUCCUGUUGAAGACCAAACUUUAUAUUUUCGUAUGUUAGAAUCAGAAUACUUUGAUCAUUGUAAGUUAUCCAAUACUGAAAAGCAUCCCAAAAGGGCCUGCAUGCAUGAAGUCAUCUCUCUGAAGUUCUGGUUAUUACAAACAUUUCCAUCCACCUGCUUUUAUGCGCAUUUUCAGUUUGCGCAGAACAACAGCUGGUUGUCGAAAUAUCCCCCAAAAAGUCUGUCCUCUUGGCUGAGGUGGAAAGGGGGAAAACAACAUGCAACAAAGUGCAGUGGAAACAGACUCAGUGAAUAAAUGCUGUCGUACAUGAAGCAUGUGACUUAAAGUGAAAAGCUGAAAGCAUCAGAUGUGUGUGGACCGAUGAGGAGGCUGGAACCUUCCUCACAUGAACACAUGAAGCCAACAGAAACGUCAUGUUUCCAUCAUGUUUCCCAUCGUUUGAACUCUUUUAAUGACGUCAUCUCGCUGCGUCCUCUUCUUCUGCGAUGCUUUAACGGCAGCGGCUGGAGAAUUAGCUCCACCAGCUCUUUACCUCCAUCAGCCAAUGAGCUUGUGUUCACACAGCAGCAGCAGAUGGAAACAACAUGAAAUCGCAUUUUCUUUUGCCAAUUUUCUGUAAAUUUGGUUAAAAUUUCUACAUUUGGAUGGAAACCAGGAUACUGUGUUUUUUUUAGCUAAAAGUGGCUUAGCUGAUCUAUAAAGCAUAUUUUUUAUCAACGAUUAAUAAAGCCGUUAGUUACA